GUUAUCUAACGUUCAUCACUUCUUUCGAUAAGAAACAAACAAAUGUACAAUAGACCGUCACCAGGUCAGCCGCGUCAAUCAGCGCCAUCGUUCAAAGCUGCCUCAGAGCCUGAGCUUAUCCCAGGGAGUGAAAAGCUCACAGUAUUCAUUGGAAGUAUCAGCGCUGGUGUAUCUGAUGAAUGGUUGGAGAGAUUAUUGAAUGCUGCUGGGAAUCUCGUCACUUUGAAGCGUGUCAGAGGUCCAACUGGAAAACCACAAGCAUUUGGAUUUGCUACGUUUGCAGAACCAGAUUCUGUAUUGCGCGCAAUCAAAACUCUCAAUGGUAUAUCAGUCCCCCCAGGAGAGCGUGGUCAACCACGUAAGAACCUUUUAGUUAAAGCAGACGAGAAGACGAGAGCAUUUUUGGAUGAUUACGAGAAAACGCUGCUUAAAACAGAUGAUGAGGAAAUGGAAGAACAUAGAGCUGAAGAGCUGAUAGCCAAAAUAUUAGAUCAUAUGUCAGAUCCAACUUUACAUGCGAAAGGUCCCAAUUUGACUGGCUCUGUACCAAUAGCGGAUGACACACCUGCUCAUUUGCGUGAUUUACCUCCAGAGGAAAUCCCUGAAGAGCACAGACAAGAGACGCUUAAUAUGAUCGAGAUGUUUAGAUCUGGUGCUAUGGUCAAUCCUGCAGUAAAGUCCAAACAAAUACAGAGAUUGGAGAGGGAACAACGUGAUAGAGAACGUCUUGAGAGAGAGCAAGUAGAGAGAGAGCGUGAACGUGAUCAACAAACCCAUAUGAGAAAAUGGGGUAGUAGGAGCAGCUUUGGUGGUAAUGAUCCACAAUCUUAUAACAAACCAAUGGGUUUUGUAAGGUCAUCCUCUGGUCAACAACAACCAGAGCCAGAGUCUAUGCCAGUCACAUUCGAACAAGCAAUGAAUUUGGUUGAGCAAGACGAAAGAGCAGAAAACGAUCGUCUUGCUAGGAGGCUAAGAGAUAGGGAAUUAGCAUUUAGGGACCGUGAACGUAAAUUUGAAGGUAAAGAAAGGGCAAGGUUGAAUGAAUAUGAUCGUGAUUUGGCAAGGGAAAGAGCCAACGAUAGUUCGGAUACUAGUGCAAGGGAAAGUGCUUUACAUAAGCUGCUUGCUGUUGACGAUGACAAAUUGGCAGAAAAAGGUGAACUGUUCUAUGACAACAGACGCCGAUGGAGAAACGCUCGUUCUCAAGCCAGACGGAAGGAAGAAGCAGCCGAUGAAGCAGACAGGAUGGCAGAAAUUAAUGAGUCCGAAAAAGUUAAACGAGAUACUGAAGCCUUCCUGCAGCAGCAAGCAAUCGAAAUGGAAAACUUCGCAAAGGAGCAAAAGAAGAAGGGUGUUCUCAUGGAUGACAGUAUGCCUAUUAAAUUAUCUGCUGCUGCUGCUCAACAUCCUAAGCCAACUAGUGAACAGGUGGAGUCAUCCAAACCAGUAUUACAUAAAUCAGCAUUCAAUGACGAAGAAGUGGAUGAAAAUGGAAUGCCAAUGCAAAAACGUAAACUCGUUAAACUUGAUUACAGUGGCAUCGUACCAGAUCAAGAUGAGCUCACUCCAGAACAAAGGGAAGCUGCGAGAAGAGUGCGCUUGAGGGAAAUCGCUAAUGGAGUAUCGUUAGACUAUGUACAAUUAUCCAAGAUAGACAUCAACUGGGAUGCCAUCACUGAUGUUGUUAUAUCCAAAAAAUUGAUUCCGAUUGCAGAAUCACUGAUGAAAGAAUACUUCGGUGAAGCAGAUGAAGAGAUGUUAGAAGUUGUAAGCGAUCAACUGAAAUCGCAUCAGGGCAUUGACGAAUUUGUUGAAACACUCGAACCUGUCAUGUUAGAAGAUUCAAAGACAGCUGCCAUAAAAAUAUGGCGCAGGUUGGCUUUUGAAUCGAUCACAGCUCUAGAGAACCUUAAUACAGAUAACUUUAUUUUGUAGAACAAUAAAUGCAUUUUAUUGAAG